AUGCUUUGGCGGACCAAGUCCCACCACAGUGAGACGUCGGAGCAGGACCUCUCCCGCACGACGUCAGCAGCGAAGAAUGAUGCGGCUGCGUCGGCAUCCCAGGCUGCGGGCACGGCAUGGUUGGCGGGCCAUCUGCAUCACUUGACGCCGGAGCAGGAGGCGAAGCUUGAAGAGUUCAAGAAAGUUUGUGCGGAGCACAAGUACUAUACCCCCGCUGUUGUGGCCGCAGAUGGCGUUGAGGCUUCGCCGGCGAGUCAUGGAGAUGCGACGAUGCUGCGUUUCCUGCGAGCCCGGAGAUUCGAUGUGGAAGGCGCAUGGGGCCAGUUCAAGGACACUGAGGAUUGGCGCAAGGAAAACGAUAUCGAAGAUCUCUAUGCGAAUAUUGCAGUGGACAAAUAUGAGGCGUCGCGACGAAUGUACCCUCAAUGGACUGGUCGUCGCGAUCGCCGCGGUAUCCCCAUUUACGUAUUUGAAAUUCGUCAUUUGAACUCGAAACAAAUGGCUGCUUAUAACGACACGAUGAACUCGGCCAAACCCGAGACACACAAGAAGUCAUCCGUUCCUCCGCGACUUCUGACUCUGUUUGCGCUAUAUGAGAACCUUUUGAACUUUGUCAUGCCCUUGUGUUCGGCGCUUCCACGUCCUAACCCGGAGACCCCUAUCGUAUCGUCGACCAAUAUCGUGGAUGUGAGCGGCGUGGGACUGAAGCAAUUCUGGAACCUGAAGAGUCACAUGCAGGAUGCCAGCGUGCUGGCCACAGCUCAUUAUCCGGAGACGCUUGAUCGGAUUUUCAUUAUCGGCGCACCUAGUUUCUUCCCAACUGUCUGGAGCUGGAUCAAGCGAUGGUUUGACCCCAACACCACGUCGAAGAUCUUCAUUCUUUCAGCUGCUGAGGUCAACUCCACUCUGACCUCCUUCAUGGAACCCAGCAGCAUCCCCAAGCAAUAUGGUGGUGAAUUGGAAUGGCAAUGGGGAGAGAUGCCCAACCUGGAUGCGCCAGCCCAUGAGCUUGUUCACGACCUUGAACAACCCGCAGCUGAUGGAUCGUCGAAGAAGGAGCUUCUCAAGGGUCCAGUCCUCUUCAAGGGGGACACCGUUGAAGUUUUGGGUACAGUGGAUGGCACACCGCGCCGAAAGACCAUUCCUGUGCCGCAACCCCAAGGUUCGACUCAAGCGACUCAGGUCCCCGCGAGUACUUCUACAGCGCAAGCGAACGGCGGUGCGGAGACCACACCCAACCCUCCGGUUGUCGAGGAUGAAAAGACGGUCUUGGACAACGCUCCCGUGAAUGCGGAGGAACCCCAGACCACAACUGCCGCCGCAUAG